AUGUCUGAAAUACCUCUGGUGUUGGAUGUUGUGGCAGGUGCAGGUGUGUGGCUGAAGUCGGAGGAGACGGUGGCCAUGAAGACCAAGAGAGCGGAUUUUGUGGCAGCUUAUCUUCGCGGACGGAUGAUCGUGGCUGGAGGCCUGGGCCAUGAGCCGUCAGCGCUGGACACGGCCGAGGCGUUCCACCCGGAGAGGAAGAAGUGGGAGAGGUUGGCUCCGAUGACCUUCCCACGAUGCUCCGCUUCCUCCAUCGUCAUUAAAGAUCGCCUCCUGGUGGUGGGAGGAGUGAACCAGGUGCCCAGCUCUGCUCAUGAAAUCCUUUACGUCAAAGAGGAAGAGGUUCUGUGA